UCGGAUGAAGAUUAAAAUCGAAGUUACUGAUCCAAAUGAUAAAGAUAAGAGCAUUUUGAAGGUUGAUGUUCUCGACAAAUGCUGUGGACUUGGUAGUUAUAUAUCAUUCCGGGUGACUGUUUCCAAUAUCGAUGGAUUGGUGGCUGUUGGAACGCCAGAAUUCAGGUUGCGUGGUCUACGUUGGAAAAUGUCGAUUUACAAUGAUGCGUCAAAAUGGUUGGGCAUCUUACUUGAGAUCAUCGGAGUUGACGUUACUGAUGAAUUUACAUGCAAUGCCACAGCUGUUGUCAAGCUCAUUUCCACAAAAGAUGAUGCUAAGACAAUUAAGCGCGUAUUCGAGGAAACAUUGGACAAACGUAAUAUAUUGGGCGAAUGCGAAUUUGUAUCGUGGUACGAUUUAUUUGAUGAUCAAAAGGGUUUUGUUCGUGAUAAUGCAAUCGUGUUAGAAGUCAAAAUCAUAGCAAAACAACCUUAUUAUGCUGGUCGAAGUGGAGAGAAACGCCAAAUGGUCAAUGGCCAAAAUGAAGAUGUAGAGUUGCUGAAAUUGGAGUGCUCAAUCUGUAUGGAAGCCAUUCGCGAUCAAGAAAUUUCAUCACUCCCAUGCACUCAUAUGUUCUGCACAAAGUGCAUCGAAGAUGCUAUCAAAGCACGCAAGAAGUGUCCAAUCUGCAAUACUGCAGCUGAAUUGGCCAAUUUACGGCGCAUUCGUUUGCCAUUCGCAAUUUAGGCCGAUCCCGAUCACCAAGAUGACACCUCUCAACCAAUCGAGUAUCAAAUGAAUUC